AUGUCGCCACCUGGUCAGACGAGCUUUCAACAGCAGCAGCGGAUUUUAGGUGCGGGCGUAGCGACCAUAAAGAUGCACAAGCAUGGAUGUCAUUGCAAAAAGUCAGCUUGUCAGAAGAAGUACUGCGAAUGCUUUCAGGCGGGAGUGCGCUGUGGCGACAACUGCCGAUGCAUCGAGUGUAAGAACCAGAUAUCGUGCGUAGCGCAUGGAAACGGCGUUGCAAUAGCGGAAUCAGCAUUGGGCGGUGCCCCGACGCGCAUUGCAAACGAGCUCGACGAGACCUUUGUAUCGCCAGUUCUUCAGGGCGUUAGACAGCGGAUGCGCAUUGACCGCGAAACUUGGAGGGAGAACUUCUCGUCGCCAUUCAAGUCCUCUCCAAAACGAAAACGAGAUCGAACAGAGUGGUCGCAGUCGAAGCUGCUUGCAUCAAGAAAUGCUGGUGUGACUGGAGCCCGGGUGAGAGCAGUACCGUUCGCGUCCGAAUCUACGCCUCCAGUAAAGAGCCAAAGUGGUGCCAGGCAGUUUCGUGGAAUAUUGUCACCGAUUAGAGGACAAUGUGACGAACAGCGAGGUGGCAACAGUAAAGCCACCAACACUCUAAUGUCCCCAAAGGAGCGCGAGCUACAGCAACACCAUUGUGCUGACAGAAUCGACGACAAAACUGUCGGAAAAGCUGCGUUAUCAGCUGUAGUUCGAUCAUCAUCACCCGGAAUCGAACGAGUCUUUGUCCUGCCGCUAUUUGGAUCAAAACUUGUUCCGUUGGAGAACGGCGUGAGUGCAAAAAUCUUUUGCUUCCUCACAAACGCUGACCUGCAUAAUGCAAGCUUGGUGAAUCAUCUCUGGAAUCAAGUUGCUCUUGGUGACACCGUCUGGGACCACGCCAACUAUAUCUCAACGAAAGUAAAUGCUGCAGCCGGGCGAUGUUCACCAAAGAAAACAACUGGAGGCUCUGAUGAUGCUAGAAUCUAA